AGGCCCCUUUGCUCUGGGGCAGUUCAGGCUUGGAAAGGGCUUAAAGCAAGUCCAGCCUUCCUGCCUUUCCUCCGAAGUAGCUGAUCGUUGCUAAACGCUUUUAAAAGAGAAUUUGACUAAGCAGAGAAAGCAGCCCUCUUUCCUGGUGACUUGAGGAGCGACGGUCUCUCCCACAGCCUGAAGCUCCUGUAGGUGGUUUGGGACCCCUUCCUAACAGAGGGAACAUUUCGAAAACUUCACACUUUCCAUCACUGCUAACUAAGGGGGGGAGGGGUGAUGGGGGGGUUCUCUGUGGAUUUCCACCAUGGCCAGAAGAGGUGAUCUCAGGUCAAGGCCAACAGAGUAUGGCAAGGCCACGUGUGCCACGGGCAGCUCUGCCCCUGCCUGGCCUCUGACCCGCAGCUCCUUUCCUCCCCCAGACCACCCUGCCCUGCGCAUGAUGGCCGACCCAGAGGACACCCACCAGGCUGGCCCCGCUGGGGCCACUGAGGCCCCAGCUGAGGAGUCGUUCCCACCGGGCGAUGCCUUCCCGCUCUCCUCCCUGGCCAACCUGUUUGAGGGUGAGGAGGGCUCUGGGCCUGGCGAGGCCCCCCGCAGCCCCCCCGGCUCGGGGGACGGCAAGCAGAACCUGCGGAUGAAGUUCCAGGGUGCCUUCCGGAAGGGGGUCCCCAACCCCAUGGAGCUGCUGGAGUCCACCAUCUACGAAUCCUCAGUGGUGCCGGGGCCCAAGAAAGCCCCCAUGGACUCCCUCUUCGACUACGGCACCUACCGCCACCUCCCCAGCGACAACAAGCGGAGGCGAAAGAGGGUCCCGGAGAAGAAGCACCCCAGCAACAAGGGGCCCGCACCCAGCCCCCCACCCAUCCUCAGGGUCUUCAACCGGCCCAUCCUCUUCGACAUCGUCUCCCGGGGCUUCACGGCUGGGCUGGACGGCCUCCUGCCUUUCCUGCUGAGCCACAAGAAGCGGCUGACUGACGAGGAGUUCCGAGAGCUCUCCACCGGCAAGACAUGUCUCCCCAAGGCCCUGCUGAACCUCAGUGGUGGCCGGAACGACACCAUCCCGCUCCUGCUGGACAUUGCGGAGAAAACGGGCAACAUGCGAGAAUUCAUCAAUGCGCCCUUCCGAGACGUCUAUUACCGAGGCCAGACCGCCCUGCACAUUGCGAUCGAACGACGGUGCAAGCACUAUGUGGAGCUGCUGGUGGAGAAAGGGGCCGAUGUGCAUGCCCAGGCGCGGGGCCGUUUCUUCCAGCCCAAAGACGAGGGCGGCUACUUCUACUUUGGAGAGCUGCCCCUCUCUCUGGCCGCCUGCACCAACCAGCCCCACAUCGUCCACUACCUGACGGAGAACGCCCACAAGCAGGCCGACCUCCGGCGGCAAGACUCCCGGGGCAACACAGUGCUCCACGCCUUGGUGGCCAUUGCGGAUAACACCCGUGAGAACACCAAGUUCGUCACUAAGAUGUACGACCUGCUGCUCAUCAAAUGCGCCAAGCUGUUCCCAGACACCAACCUAGAAUCCCUGCUGAACAAUGAUGGCCUCUCGCCCCUCAUGAUGGCGGCCAAGACUGGAAAGAUAGGGAUCUUCCAGCAUAUCAUCCGUCGGGAGGUGAAGGAUGAGGAUGCGCGGCACCUCUCCCGCAAGUUCAAAGACUGGGCCUACGGGCCUGUCUACUCCUCCCUCUAUGACCUGUCCUCCUUGGACACCUGUGGAGAGGAAGUGUCUGUGUUGGAGAUCUUGGUCUACAAUAGCAAGAUUGAGAACCGUCAUGAGAUGUUGGCUGUGGAGCCCAUCAAUGAGCUGCUGCGAGACAAGUGGCACAAAUUUGGGGCCGUCUCCUUCUAUAUCAGCGUGGUCUCCUACCUCUGUGCCAUGGUUAUCUUCACCUUGGUGGCCUACUACCGCCCCCUGGAGGGCACACCCCCGUACCCGUACACGACCACCCCAGACUACCUUCGCCUGGCUGGAGAGAUCAUCACCCUCUUCACAGGGGUCCUUUUUUUCUUCACCAAUAUCAAGGAUCUGUUCAUGAAGAAAUGCCCGGGGGUCAAUUCCUUCUUCAUUGAUGGCUCCUUUCAGUUACUCUACUUCAUCUAUUCCGUCCUGGUCCUGGUUGCAGCUGCUCUCUACCUGGCUGGCAUCGAGGCCUACCUGGCGGUCAUGGUCUUUGCGCUGGUGCUGGGCUGGAUGAACGCCCUCUACUUCACCCGCGGCCUCAAGCUGACGGGCACCUACAGCAUCAUGAUCCAGAAGAUCCUGUUCAAAGACCUUUUCCGCUUCCUCCUGGUUUACGUCCUUUUCAUGAUCGGCUAUGCCUCCGCGCUGGUCUCCCUGCUGAACCCCUGCUCCAGUGCCGAGUCCUGCCGCGAGGACCACUCCAACUGCACGGUGCCCACCUACCCCUCCUGCCGCGACAGCAAGACCUUCAGCACCUUCUUGCUGGACCUCUUCAAGCUGACCAUCGGCAUGGGAGACCUGGAGAUGAUCGAGAACGCCAAGUACCCCGGGGUCUUUGUCAUCCUCCUGGUCACCUACAUCAUCCUCACUUUCGUCCUCCUGCUCAACAUGUUGAUCGCCCUCAUGGGGGAGACGGUGGGGCAGGUCUCCAAGGAAAGCAAGAAGAUCUGGAAGCUCCAGUGGGCCACCACCAUCCUGGACAUUGAGCGCUCCUUCCCCGUGUUUGUCCGGAAAGCCUUCCGCUCGGGAGAGAUGGUCACCGUGGGGAAGUCUCUGGACGGGGUCCCUGACCGAAGGUGGUGCUUCAGAGUGGACGAGGUGAACUGGUCUCACUGGAAUCAGAACCUGGGUAUCAUCAACGAGGACCCCGGCAAGAACGACACCUACCAGUAUUAUGGCUUCUCCCACACCGUGGGGCGCCUGCGCAGAGAUCGCUGGUCAACAGUGGUGCCGCGUGUGGUGGAGCUGAACAAAAAUUCUCAGCCGGAUGAGGUGGUGGUGCCCCUGGACAGCCUGCACUCAGCGGGAGCAAACGCGCAGAAGCCCAGCUACCCUCAUAGCUGGAGGAAGGAAGAGGCUCAGAUCUAGCUGCCAAGCCACCUCCUCCACUCUUUCGGACAGACCCUCCCAAACUGGGAUCCUGAUGGAGCUGCCUCCUGGCUCCCACAGCCAGAGAGAUCAGCCUGCCUCCCAAGAACCUGACUUUGAACGGGACAAGAGAGGUCCAGCCUCUCGCAUUUUAAACAAAACAUUCCUUUUAAAAACACUCCUAUAAAGAGAAACUGGAAACGCGGGUUUAGGUGGCCGCUUUGUGCAUCACAAGGGCAGUUCCGCACAGAGGCCAAGGUAGCUCAGAAUGUUGUCCUUAAAGGAGGCUCUGAAUGCUGAGCCUGGAUUCUCCCAGAGGAGCCCAGAAGGGCCGCUAUUAAGAAAGCGCCAGGCAAUUGUCCAGAGUGGCUCCUUUGAAGAUAUGCACGUUCCUAGUUCUCCGUGAAUUCCCUGCGGUCCAAAAACACGCAGACAGGCUCAGGUGUUCACUCUGCCUGGGGAUGGUGAGUCUCCUCUGAUAGUAUCAUUUUGCACAAGGUUUUAUUGAAUUAUUUAUUUAGUAAUAAAAGCCAAAGCAUCUCUAUUGUACUCUUAUGCUUUUGAGGGGGGUUGCAAUACCC